AUGCUCAUGCGGUAAGAGUCGUCGUUUUUUCACCUUAAAAUGAUCAUUGUAAGGCCUGUUCACUGUGGCCACUGCAACUUUGCUGCCAAAAGAGUAUGCUCCUUCUUUGUCCUGCUAAAAUUUUUAGCGGGCUGCACACUGAGUGACAAAUAGGUCUAGCUGCUGGCUGACCAUCGCGUCCAAAGUUGGCCGGUAUUGAAACAGUGUUCAGUGGAGUUUAGCUGUGAAAUAAGCAGGCUGUCGGAUCUGGUUAAUAAGUAACAGCUAACCAGCAGCGAAAAUACUACCAAGGCGCGGAGGACUGAGGUUUGGUACGCCGACUGCCUUAUAAAACGCCACAAAGUCUGGUGACGACACUGACGUAGCGAUCGUGAAUCGCCACUAAAUAAAUUCACUUUUCACUGCUGCCUUGUGGUUAGGUUCUUGAGCAAAAACACCGGAGAAAACCCCAAUAAACAACCUGAUCGGCUGUUAGAAAUGUCCAAUUACAGUAUUGUGGCCAAUGCUACGGCGUCUGCGGGACCGCCACACUCUGAAACCGUGGUUUAGUAGUGUGGACGAAUAGUUUGCGAGCCGGACUACUCAGUUGAGAACGCACUUCUGGUAUUGAAUGCUGGAAUGUCCGAACGUCCCUGGACCCAAAGGCUAGCGGUGCGUAAUCAUCAGUACAGCGCGAGUCUGCUGCCUGUCGGAGCCCGAAUUGCCGAUUUGGGCUCUCAGAAAAUAAGGACCCCCGAGCCAAUUUCCACUUUACCUUACGCGACUCUUGUAGACACGGCAUGGCAACCACAUCCCCCAAAAGCGAACUCUCCACUAAUUGUGUGAUGACCAGUCAAUGACCGAAUUUCUUACGUGCCACUGGAAGAUCGCUUUACAGACGUCUCUGUCGUUUCCGAAUACGAGCUAACAUCAGCUGCCCAACAGCGUAAUAAAGAGACCUGCUACUUAUAGAUGCAAGUGUUCGUUGAACGACUACAUCGCCGCGACCUGCCGAUUGUUGCCUGGACUGGAAUGACCGGACCGGCGACGCAUAAAAUGGUCACCUUAUUGGCUGCAUUGGGCUUAGCUGUUGGUACGACAGUGUUGAGAGAAUGUCGAACCUUGCUGAUUAGAACCGACUAUUUAUCAUCAACACAUGCUUCUAGCAUCGUCAUAAACUUGUGCUGGUCUGGUAUUCAAACGACGGUCAUACGAACAGUCAGACCGACAAUAUGCUAGUCGGUCGAAAAUUUUGCAACUAGGUUUAUUUCAAUGGCAGAUGUGGUGCCGAAACUGGUAACGCCCAUGGGCCAGACGAUGCUCACGUUCACACACGUCUGAAAGUACACUUCCUAUCUGCACCUAGAAUGCCACGUACCGUACGCCUUGAUUUCGUAUAAUCUCCACAACCUAGCACCGUCGAUGCCCUGAGCACAGAAACCCGGCCUUGUUUUACGUUCCGAGCCAACAAAAGAGGAAAUGGUCAAUGGUCAUCACUGAAGUCUUUAGUCUGUGAGUCACAUUAGCAGAAUUAUUGGAUUCACCCAGCGGCGCGCAGUGGUCUCCCCAGACGACUCUAGUUUGGUCCCACAACGAUGAUUCUUUCAACUCCGGAAAAUGACAACAACUCUGGUUAGGGAUGACGGACGGAAAUAUAGGGCUGAAACAGCGAUCUUUAUGGAGCAGGCCUCAGACAUUGAUGGCACUCGAAAAAUACUGAAUUAUUCGCCAAGUUAGUGUUGAGCCUUUUGCACUGAGUGACUGUUAACAUGCAGAUAGCGACUUCACUGCUGACAACUCGGCCAGGAUCGAUCUCUGGCGUGGGCACUACGAGCACCUCAGUCUUGAUUGUCAACCCAUCACGCCCUCGCUGUUCCCUGCAUUGCCAUGUGACUCCUCUUCUGAUGGAGGAGUUGCCGACAAAGUACAGGCUGCACAAUAACAAGGCGCCUGGAUAGGACGAUAUUCCCGUUGAAGUCUGCAGGUCUUGUGUCAACACUGACGCCCCGGCUCCAUGAGGUGGUUAUGUAAGGGUGAAAACAUUAUGUCGUUUCUGAUGACUGAAGCUCGAUCACCCUUUUGUCUAUCUUCAAGAAGGGAGAUAAGGCAAAUCGAGAACCGCCGCGGCGUAAGUCUCAUUGACACCGUUAAGGUCUUCACUGUUGUCCUUCUCAGUCGGUUCAAGGACAUGCAUGACUUCUAGGACGAGACCCAGCCAAGUCGACUUCCGAACUGGAUGUGGAUGCAUGGAUCAAAUAUUCACGCUGUGACACAUUCAGGAACUCCGCCAUGGCUAACAGUAGCCGACGACCGUCUGUUUUGUUGACUUUGUCGCUGCUUGAUUCUUUCCGUCAUGAGUCCCUGCGACGGAUAAUGGAACAAGAUGGUGUGCAGGCAGAAAUAGUCGUCAUGACCAAGGCCUACUAUAUCUCCAGUUUUACGCAGGUUUUGAUCCAUAACAAUUUGUCCCGACCGUUUGAUAUCCGAUCUGGUGUUUGGCAAGUUUGUAUCCUGUCACCUAUUCUAUUCAACUACACUAUUGAUUCUCGGCAAGGCCCCACGCGGUUUUGGCGGCGUUGAGUUUGAACCUGGACGCCGCCUGACCGAUCUAGACUGCACUGACGAUAUUGCCUCGCCAGCCUCAAGCUUUGACAAUCUGGUGUCGCGGGUGAAGGAAUUUGCGAAGUCCAUCCGUUUAUCAAUAAACACAUAGAAGACCAAGGUGUUUUCAAGCUUUGUCCCUGACCAGUAGAAGUCACCCCUCGAGAUGAAUGUCUCUUAACGUGAAACGUUAGACGAUUUUAAAUACUUCGGGACGCGGCUACUGCCGAAUGGACAGAGUAAGCACGACAUUGUCACCCGGCUCGGUUAUGUUCGCAGGGUUUCUACAAACCAUACAAAGUGCCUAUAGAUCCGACGCUAAAUUUUAUCGUCACGAAGAUCUGUGUGUGUCGUGCAUUCGUCCACUCAGUCCUCUACGAUUGUGAACGCUGGGCUGUGCGCGGAAAAGGAGCAAAAACCGGAGGUGUUUGAGUAUUGCUGUCUGAGUAUUAUCCUUCGAGUGAAGUACAUCGACUUCGUCUCAAAUGAGACGGCCCGCACUCGCUGCAACAUCGUGAGGAUACCUCAGGCCAUUCAACAAAGUCGGCUGAGGUGGUUUGGGCACGUUCCUUGUCGUCCUAACGAGCUCGAAGUUGAUGCCUUCAAUCCGUUGCCGUUGCCCAAUUGGAGGCGUCGAAGAGGAGAUCAACUCAAAACCCGCCAUGACACAGUUCGCAAAGACAGAGAGGAUUUUUGAACCUUCAUUAUUUGAUCUUUGUCGCUGGAGAAGGGGAUCGGUAGAGCUGUUCAAAUCGAGUACCGUAAAUCCUCGCGAAUGGAGAGGUAUAGCCCAGCCAGGCCAGGCAUAAUCACAGCUAUACCAAUCAGCCAGUCACGUGACAGCGAGCAAAGUAUUAUAGCACCUACAACGUAACAGACCCUUGGGCCGUGCACCUUGUACUGUCUAAUUUAAGGACCAUGGGGAGCUGCACGAUAACAAAUUUCAUCGAGACGUACCUUAACGCACUGGGCUCCCGCGGCAAACACUGUCUGGGUGGCAGGGGUCGCGGACAUGACGGCGGAGGUGUCAGGGAAGAUGCAGGUAGAUUGACAGAGUGCGAUUUCUGACUUAUUCUGUCGCACUUCAACCCGACUCAACUAUUAUCACUAUUUUUGACCAUAAACAGCUCAGGCUUUACCGGAUGCCUCGCCACCUGCUCAGGUUGUGGCCUCUUAUCUACUUCAGUCACCUAUUCGGAGCUUGUCUGUUUCGUAAGGCGCGCGCCAAUUUUGUAUAAAUAAAUACCUGGCCAGUAGCGACAAAGAAUGCGAGGCGGCGGGGAGCUGGUGUUCCAAAAUUCAGCGAAGUGCCUAUGAGCCAUUGGAUAUACCCCUGCCGUGGACCAUGUGCCCCAUUCAUUUCUCCUCCUAGUGGUGGUUAAGGCUCUGAUUGAUUAAAUGAUGUCAUGAUAAGCCCGAAGUACUGCUGGAUCGGUCUACCCACACUGCUUGAUUCCAGGCUUGUCGUCGUUAACGUUAUCCCAUAUCCAGCUUCUGGUGGUGGUUUUUGGGGGGAAGGUAAUCUGUUUUACCCUUGGGCGUUCCGGCAAACGGCAACUUUGACCACCAGCUCUGUUCCCGUCAUCCGUCCUUUAGGUAAAGAUAGGUGUACUCGGUUGCUUUUCUAGGAAAAAAACCGCAUUUUCUUCCCGUCUUUAUUCAGUUUUCACUUUCCUUUUGAUUUUAGUCAACUGCUGAAAGACCCACGCGUUCUCUUUGCGGGUUAUAAAGUUCCUCACCCGCUUGAACAUAGAAUUGUGCUUCGCGUACAAACGACCCCAUCGAUUACACCAUUGGAGGUGUUCUCGUCCGCCAUUAAGGAUUUGAUCAGUGAGAUAUCAAACAUCGAGGAGCAGUUUCGGGUAGGUCCUUAACGUCAUUUAAUUUCCUUUCAGUCUGCCAUUAAGUAG